ACGCGAUUAUCAUAUGGAAUUCAGGUUGACUCGGUCUACUCUGCGAUCAAAUGCAAACAAGAGCGUUUUCACUCUUAGCAAAGUUUUAGAUCCAUUCCCGUUUAUGUCGAUCAAUCUCUCUGCUCGGUCGUGUUUGAUUGACGCCAGUUCUCGCGGUGGUGCCUCGCCCGGAUCGUAAAAAAAGUUCGUUUUUUCCCACUCGUUGUACUGAAACCCCGUUCUCAUCACGUAAGUUCCUGUCGCUCCCCUGUAAGUAAAAUUCGCACGACAUCAAACUACGGGAACAAAAAGAAUUGUUUACCAAUUCGUAAUCGUAUCGAUGGCCACGUUUGGUAAAAUACACGCCGGCCUGCGGGAGUUUUUCCGUAGCGGCAAGACACAACCGAUCUCUUACCGGAUUGAACGACUCGAGGAGCUGCGGCGGCGCUUGUUGGCAAAUGAGGAAAACAUCAUCAGGGCGGUUCAGGCGGACAUGCAGCGGAAUUAUCAGGACUGCUUUGUCUCCGACUUCGUGAUGCUGGUCAGCGAGAUUGACCAAACCAUCGCAAAUCUGCCGGAGUGGGCGAAGCCAGAACCUCGUGCCACACCUCUGAUCAUGCAGCCCGGAAACAGCGAGGUACAGUUCCAGCCUAAGGGCGUGGUCCUGGUAAUCACGCCGUGGAACUUAUGCUGUGUGUAAACGUCCCCACCGGCUGCCGCAAGCACACAUUUCUUGAUUCGUAUGAAAACAAGUUUUGGCCUGGAAAGGAUUACCUCAAGGAUAUGACUAUGGAAGCCAUCUGAAUAGAAAAGUUUGUCAUGGUCCUUGCAAACUUACAUUUCGUAGGGCUCCUACCCUGAGAGAGUUAGCACUUGCAGCUGUGCGCUUCACAACAUUUCAGAAAAGUAUCGUAGCAGUGUAGCGGUUGGGAAAGAAGUUUUUGCACUGGACAGAGCUAUCCAGUAUCAACCUGCGUCACCGGAGCUAUCGCAGCCAUCGCUGCUGGAAACGUAUCACUAUCGAUAGAAUUUCUCACCACGAGUUACGUACUAGACACAACUUCGGACUUACUGUUGAUCGCGUUCCAUGCAAGUUUGCAGUUGCGAUUUGGGCUGCGCAGCAUCUAUUUGAGAAUAGAAAGAGAAUCCGGAAAAGAAGCAAGUAAUUGCAUGAUGUAUUCAGGCUGUGCAUCUUCAACCAACACUCAGGUACCGCUUUUGAAGCCUUCAGAAGUGACGGAAAAUAGUUGUCGUGUGCUGGUUGACAAGAUAUUCAAGGACUUUGAAGGCGCCGGCAUCGUGGAAGGGGGCCCCGCCGAAACGCAGGAGCUCUUGAAAUUGCAGUUCGACCACAUUAUUUUCACUGGCGGAAGCGGAAUCGCAAAGCACGUCUACCGUGCGGCUGCGGAGAACCUGACCCCCUGCACGCUCGAACUCGGCGGCAAGUCCCCCGUUUUCCUCGAUAAAAAGGAAAACUUUGGCUCCGACCAGAAGUUUGAGGUAAGGAAGUCAUGGAUUUUUACAGUAUAAUUGUUUCUAAGAACUACUCUAGGUGUACUUGCUCGGCACGCCUUGUAUGGAGUUCAUGAUGCACUACGUGAGCUGUAAUUACAACGUGUAGUUUGUUCGUAAACUGAAAACCAGAUCGCGCUGAAGCGAAUCCUGUGGUCCAAGCAUUUGAACGCGGGUCAGACUUGCGUGGCGGCAGACUACGUACUUGUCCAUGAAGAGGACUUGCAGAGUACCGUAGAGCAGAUGAAGGCGAUCUGGAGACAGUUUUACAUCGAUCCAAAAUCCAACUCUCCUUGCGCCAACGCGACGCCCGCAAGCUGCCCGGACUACGGCUCGGCGGUCGUCAGCGAGCGUCACUUCGACCGGGUGUUUUCGAUGCUGAAGGAGGACCACGGAGGAAAAGUCGUUUUGGGAGGCAUAGCGGAGGAAAAAAACUUUGACCGAAGCAAAAAGCAUCUGGGCUUGACCAUCGUCGUCAAUCCUAAAGACGACUGCCGGUUAAGUACGGAGGAGAUCUUCGGGCCCAUUCUGGUGGUGCGGACCUUCGGGACCGAGGUCGAAAUGACGGACUACGUAAAUGCGCGACCGCACCCGCUGGCCGUGUAUGCGUUUUCCGGGGAUAAAAACGCAGCCUUCGUCAAUUUCAUCAAGGAAAACACGAUCAGCGGUGGCUUCGUGGCCAACGACGUCAUCAUCCAAGCUGCACACGCACAGCUGCCCUUCGGCGGCGUGGGAAAUUCAGGGUUUGGGAAGCUGCACGGCCAAGACGGCUUCAAGGAGCUUUCCCACUGUCGGGGGGUGCUUAACCGUUCCUUCUUCAUGGACUCACCCGAGCGGUACCCGCCGUUCUACCAGGAGACCCUUGGCUUCUACCGCCGCUUUCUGGUGGACAACAGCCUGUUGGGGGCGUUGCUUUGUAAAAAAAGGUCACGGACGCGGUUCUUGCCAGCCGCGGCUGCUUCAUCAGGUGGUGCAUGAAAUUGCAAGACCUGCGGGUCGUCUUCUGCACCCACUAGUGUAGUAAUAGUGUGAAAUAACAACGACCCCAUCUUGACGAUGGAGCAUACCACCCCAGACCCGCAUCCAUUACCCUGCAUCUAGUUUGAAUGAAUUCUUUCUGGAACAAAACCUCUACUGCAAUGAUAAAUGAGUCACCACGAUGUCAAUCAAUAGAGAUCACGCGAUUUUUUUGAUCCCUGG